GCGGGAUCCUAGCGGGCUCCCGGGUCCUAGCGCGGGUCGUGUGCGGGUCUGAUCGGGUCCAGAGCAGAGAUGUGGACGCUCGUGGUUCUGGUGGUGUCGGCGGUUCUAGCGCUGGUUCCCGGGCCCGUCCGGGGCCUGAAGGACGGGGAGUGUGAAGUCUGCGUGACGUUCCUGGGGAAGUUCUACCAGACGCUGAAGGACGACAACAACUUCAAACCGGCCGACAUCGAGAAGGCGCUGGAGCGGAGCUGCAAGGAUGCUAAAGGGAAGGAGAACCGCUUCUGCUACUACAUCGGCGGCACCAGCGACGCGGCCACCAAGAUCAUCAACGAGGUGUCGCGGCCGCUCAGCCACCACGUCCCCGUGGACAAGAUCUGUGAGAAGCUGAGGAAGAAGGACGGCCAGAUCUGCGAGCUGCGCUACGACAAGCAGCUGGACCUGACGUCGGUGGACCUGAAGAAGCUGAAGGUGAAGGACCUGAAGAAGAUCCUGGAGGACUGGGGCGAGUCCUGCAAGGGCUGCGCCGAGAAGUCCGACUUCAUCCGCAAGAUCACCGAGCUGAUGCCCACGUACGCGCCGGCGGCGGCGCGGGCCCGGACGGACCUGUGAGGGGGGACCGGGGGGGGCCCGGGGGUCCUGGUCCGGGGGU